CCGAUGCGUGCAUGCAUUCAUACGCGUUGCAAGACGAAGACGUCCACGAUGGGGACGCUUCUCGUUUUCCUCUUUUUCAUCGCCUCUGCCGUUUCCAUUCCCGAUCACAGUUUCUUGCGGAUGAAGCGGGAGGCGGUGAAGAAGUCGACGGAGGAGAUCAUUCGGGAGGUCUUGGAGCAUUUCAAACAGGAGGAUCCUCUCGGGAUUCCGGGGAUCCCGCUUCAGGAUCCCAUGGACAUCCCGGAUUUCCAGGGAGCCUUCUCCAUCGUCAAGAUCCAGUUCACCAAAGCCCAAGUCCUUAAACUCACCAAGUUUCGCAUCAAGAGGGUCCACGUGGAUGUCGCCAAUCUCAAGGUGUCCCUCUCGAUGCACAUUCCGCAACUGGUCGUGACGGGGAGGUACGCCAUGUCCAACUUCUUCAGCACUCAACGGGGGGAUUUUGUCGUGUUUUUGAAAGACGUUUACGUGAGCGGGGACGCCCGUCUACGAGUGGAAGAAGGCGGAUACUUCCAGAUCGACAACGUCAACAUGGACAUGACCUUCCAGGAAAUCAACAUGAAAUUCCAGGACCUCGGAUUCCUCGGCAGCAUCUUCCAAGGAAUCAUCAAUGCCGUGGGUCCAUUCAUCUUCGAUAGCAUCAAGCCCACGAUCCUGGGAAGCAUCGAUACCUCGUUGAAGACGGAAGCGAACGCGGAAUUGAAGAAGUUCGGCUUGAAUUUCUCUCCACAGACACCGCCGAUCGAUUCCGUGAUCGGAGAUGCUCGCAGUUUCAUCCAGAAAUCGAAUCUAGAUCCAUAUGUCAUCCCUGACAGACAAUUCUCCUCUCUUGGCAUCAACUUCAAACUCACCCAGGGUAAAUUGCACGGGCUGUCGACGAUCCACCGGGUGGGGAACAUCACGAUCACGGUGGUGGAUAACGUGGUGAGUGUGCACGUGAACAUGGGGACAAAGGAGCUGACAGGGAAGGCGGGAUACGAAACUCAAUUCCUCUGGUGGACGGUCGGCGGGGAUGUGACCUUCACGGUGGAGUACCUCCACGUCGGCGUCACCGUGUCUCAACCUCUCAACUUGGACAAGAAUGCGACGGUGGAGGCGGUGGAUGUGGAGGUGGGGCCGGUGGACGUCCACACGACUGGGGAGAGUGUAAUCGAUAGCUUUCUGGAUUACGGCGUGGAUGCCGUGUCGUUUGCACUCAGGGAUCUUCUCACCUGCAUCGCCGAGGAACCAAUCCGCGAGAUCCUCGAGACCGAGAUCAAUAAAAUCGACCUUCAACACACGAUCAUCUCCGCCUUGUGACCCGGAUAGCUGCUCUUCCAACUUCUUCCUGGCCCUCUUCGUUCGUCUUUCGUGGAUCCUUCCGAACACCAAUAUUGCUGACAAGUGUGGCUCGUUUCGAUACGAGAGCAAAGUGCGAAUCACCACGCACCACCGCAAUUACCAUCAUGCUCAUCGGUCAUAGUUAUCGUCAUUGCUACGAACCUGUUAUCUUUGACAGAAUUCUACGAUGCGUCUUGGCGGGGAUCACGAUUUCCUCGAACAGGACUGACAGUGCUGCGAACAACUUCCGUCCUUCCUUCUAUCGAUCAAGGCAGGGCGGAGAAAGACGCAAUUCUCGGCAAGGGACUUUUUAAACGUCUAUCUCACGUACUUAAUUGGUUUUCUUCGUCAUGUAAGCUAAGCGGAUCCUCGGUGUUACACGACACGGGAGGAGAGAGAUCCUUUUUCAAAAAGGGUGCUCACCAUAUACAAAAUACUGUCCCUAUUGUAGCAACGGAGAGCAUUUCCUACAAAUGUCUCUGCCUGACUAAUAAAAAUUUAUGAGAGCGUG